AUGGGCGCCAACAACCCAGACGGGAAGAGGAACACUGCCUUCCAGCACAGGGUUCUCGACGCCAUGGCAGGGUCGCGCACGAGCAGUCUGGUGGACGUUAGGAAUGAAAACAACGUGAUCAAGCCAUAUGUUCGGCCCGACGGGCCGGGCAUCGACCCCGACCUUUUCAACCGCGACGACGACGAGACAACUCUGUAUAUCAUGACCCCCUCGUCCCUGGGAAAGUCAAAGGACAAAGGCGCGAGAAACCCAACACGCGUUAAAGAGAUGUCUAACAAAGUAAAAGAAAUCCUCGGCCGUGAACCCCGGAAGGCUGAAAUCAUAUAUGAGGCUUUCAACUGGAUAAUUCCAGCCGAGGCAGCACAGGUAAAUCUUUCGCACCGGGGCAUGUGCUUAUUUCAAUACGAUCCGAAUAGCAAUGGCAAGGGACAGAAGGCAUGGCGUUUGUUUAACGAGGACAAUUGGGCAACGGGGGUGGUUUCAUAG